AUGAUCAAGCCAUUGCUCCUCUCCGGCCUCGCCGCCGCGGCCGCGGCCCAGACCACGAACACGAGCUCGCAGGCAUGCGUCACGGGCAACGCGGUGCACCUGAUCGUGGCGCGCGCCUCCCUCGAGCCGCCCGGGUUCGGCGUCCUGGCCAACAUCUCGACGCGCGUGAUCGAGCAGCUGCCCGGGUCCAACGCCGAGGCCGUCGUCUACCCGGCCACGCUGGACGGCUACCAGAACUCGGAGGGCCAGGGCGUCGCCGCCAUGACGCAGCUGGUCAACAGCUACGCCCAGGCGUGCCCGGGCAGCAGGAUGGUCCUCAUGGGGUACUCGCAGGGCGCGCAGGUCGCCGCGGACACGGUGUGCGGCUCGACGAUCAGCGGGUUCGCCCAGACGCAGGCUGUCUCGAAGGAUGUUACCGACAAGGUUGCCGCGAUUGUGUUGAUGGGCGACCCGACGCACGUUGUGAACCAGCCCUUUGAUCAGGGAACUUCAACAAAGAAUGGGGUCUUCCCCCGUACCGAUAGUUCCGGCUGUGCCGCCGUGACGAACAAGAUGGUCUCGUUCUGCAACGCCAAUGAUACCUUUUGCGACUCAGGCCAGAACCUCACGGUGCACCUGUCCUACGUCCAGGACAACGGGACCUCGGCCGUCAACUUCGUCACUGAGAAAGUCAAGGGUGGGUCCGGAAGCAGCAACAGCUCCGGCUCCACCUCCGGAUCCGGGUCGGGAGCCGUGACGACCAACGCUGCAGCGCGGGUGGUAGCAGCUCCGAGAGGAUUUGCGCUGUUGGCCGGAGCCGCGAGGAUGCUGGCACACUAG